GUAAAAAGAGCAUAUCUUAUUUUUGAAAUUACUUGUUGCAGACAGACAGGCAGACACACAAAUAGAUAGGAAUUGCGCAGCUUACCUUAAGAUCUCCGUUAUUUUGGUGUGCGGUUUUUUUUUCUUUCAAUUUUAUUACACAUAGAUUUUUACUACCAUCGUAUCUCUUCUUCCUCAAAUCCCUUAGUCCAAAACCAAAUAGUCACUUGCUAUAUAAUCAGACUGAAUUUUGAACAAAUUCGCUGCUUUGGCCUCUCAUGGAUCUGGGUUUUCUAUUCUUAACGUAAUGCAGUUACUUUGCAUAUCUGAGGAAGUAAAAAAGUAAGUAAAGAUGGUGAAGCUGACAAUGAUUGCUCGUGUUACGGAUGGUCUUCCGCUAGCAGAGGGACUGGAUGAUGGUCGUGAUGUGAAAGAUGCUGAAAUGUACAAACAGCAGGUCAAGGCACUUUUCAAGAACCUUGCAUCUGGCCACAAUGAUGCUUCGAGGAUGUCAAUUGAAACUGGCCCUUAUAUUUUCCAUUAUAUUAUUGAAGGACGUAUUUGUUACCUCACUAUGUGCGACCGUUCUUAUCCUAAGAAGCUUGCCUUUCAAUACCUAGAAGACCUUAAGAAUGAAUUUGAGCGUGUCAAUGGGCCUCAAAUUGAAACUGCUGCUAGACCAUAUGCCUUCAUUAAAUUUGAUACUUUUAUACAGAAAACAAAAAAAUUGUACCAGGACACCCGCACCCAACGGAAUAUUGCUAAGUUGAAUGAUGAGCUGUAUGAAGUCCACCAAAUAAUGACUCGCAAUGUGCAGGAAGUUCUGGGUGUUGGUGAAAAGCUGGACCAGGUCAGUCAAAUGUCAAGCCGGUUAACAUCAGAAUCCCGCGUAUAUGCUGACAAGGCAAGAGAUUUGAAUCGACAGGCCUUAAUUCGAAAGUGGGCCCCUGUUGCCAUUGUGCUAGGAGUUGUCUUCCUCCUCUUUUGGAUUAAAACAAAGCUCUGGUGAUCCAAUGGCCUUUUGUGGUUUCUGAGAAAUGUUGCAUGUUUUCCUGGGUUUCUCUUGCAUUGUAGUUGUUUGCCUGUGUUCGUGAUAUAAGUUCAAACUUCAGAUUGGAGACUGGACACACAUGAAGGCUUCAUCAUGUUUCAAAGUGGACUCUAGUUUUUGUUCAUGGCAGGCAUUAGUUAACACAUGAAGGCUUCAUCAUGUUUCAAAGUGGACUCUAGUUUUUGUUCAUGGCAGGCAUUAGUUAAAAGGACUGGUUCUUUAUGUACGUCCAAACUACAUAUGGAAAUGUGAAAGAGAAACCCCUGAUGUUACAGUUAGGCAAGGAUCAAAUAUAUAUUGGUACAGUAUGAGGAUUUUCCGAAUUCUCAACACUCUAUAUAGGCCUUAUAUAAAUAUCUAUAAUUCAUCAA